GAAGAUUUACUAACUCAAGCAGGUCAAGGUAGGCUCUGGAAACAGACAUACAGAUUCCCUUUACCCACGCACCAAAUUGUACGUGAUUACGUAUAAAUUCUAGUCUCUCUCAUAUUUUGUAAUAAGAAUCACUUUCGAUAAGCUUAAAAUCAUGAGUGAAGCUCCUGCCGAUAGAGCCGAUGUCCCAACGCCAGUAGAAAAGAAAAGCCAUCGCAUUCAGGUCAGACUGCCAGCACCGGAGUUAAGUCAAACUGAACUGCAAACCGGAGCGAGCAGAGCCGUUAGAGAGACUGCGCAGUCCAACCUUUGUGAUUCGCAACAGGUGGGCAUCUUACGCGGUGCAUCGGCUUACACGAAACAGUAUCGGGAAAUCGAUAACGUCUUAAAACAUCUCGCCGUUGCUUAUUUGUUCACCGUUCUGAAAUCACCACCACACUGGACACCGGAAACGUUUGGUGAAAUAGUCGAGCUGGAGGCUACCAUUGCCAACACAAAGCUCGAGACACGGCUUCCAAUUUUCCGGAACGAUAAAACGUACAACAUUCAUCUCUCCAGCACACUGUUAAAGGGACGGUUCGUUACACCGCAGGAACGAUCGGCCCACGCCCAGCUAAAUGUCAAUCAAGCGCUGGCCCGCAUUAAACGGGGAAAGGCUGCAAUUUGGAUGUGUGAUUCGUACUUUUUCCUCAUCCGUCGUCUCGUAACCGGUUGGUACUUUUACACCGUGAACCUACAGGACAAACCGGCCCUGAUGUUUUUCAGCUGUGCACAGCUGAUGGUGAACCUUGUACGAGAGUCCUACGGAUGUACAGAGCAUUCGAAGUACUUCCUCUCGAACAUUGUCCUACACUCGGUGGAGGAAGGCGACCUGACCAGGAUUGUGUGGAAGAUGAAGCGUAGCUGCGGUAUGAAACUUACCUCACCGAUGGAAGCGAUCCUGCACGGGAACAUUUGCUUGGUACGGCCGAGCCUAGAACGAUCGCUCGAAAUCGGGCUUAACGUGCUGGAGCGGGCAGGAAACGUUCAGAAAAAGCCACGAUCGUGGGAUAACAAGCUCCUGAAUGGAUGUUUUAAGCGAGCUCAAGUAAGCUGGAAAGUGGCAGAAAAGAUGGCUGCCUUUGUGCGUGAUAAAACCGAUCCGAGCUACACCGUUGGAGGGUAUGAACUAACCUGCCGAACUGCUCCGAUAGGACAUCGGCAGAGGAAACAUUUUGAGGAGCUCGUAAACUACUUCCUCGCUUCCUGUAACGCACUCCUGGUAGUUGGACUCGACUGCUGCUUUCUAUUCUGGUCCAGGGAUAACUUCCUCUACUGGUUUAGUCCUUACCGGUACAGUUCCCUGCAGGAGAAGCCCGAAAUUCUUCAAAGUCGAGCCUGUUUCGUGCACAUGACGAACGCUCUGGCUAAAGCUUCCCAAUCGCUGUACGAAUAUCUCUACGAGCUUGGUGUUUUCCCUGAUCAUACGAUCGAGCUGCUGCCGGUGCGUGUCGAUGAUCGUGUGCCACACGCUCCCAUUCCCGACGAGGAUGAAGAUUCGCUUGAUCAGGAAGGUCUCACCAUACCGCCCGCUAGUGAUCGAGGCUGGACGAACUUCUACUCACCGGAACUUCACACCCCGUCGGAGUUGCGGUUAGCAAGACAGAUGCUCGAUAUGGUGUACCGGACGGCGGAAGAUCGGUGUGACUGAGCAGCGACCCAACCCAGAACGGUAAGCAGUAUCCAAUUACACACAAGCUCAUUAAACGGCAUGAUCACCUCGCUAACCACGGUAACAUGAGCAGGUGCGGUAUCACAAGCCACAAAACGGUUCGAUUGAUGCGUUCGAUAAUGUUUAUUAAAUAUAUGUAUGGUACGUAUGCAUGUUGUACAUUAUGUGAAGCAACAGAAACACGGCGACAGGGUACCAAGUUGUUCUCUGCUAAGGAUAGAUUAGUUACAAACGGUUGAGCUUAACUCCCUAGCUGCUUCGUACCAUUCGCUAAGUAUAUACACAGAAGUGGACUAAUAAUA